AUGAGAAAAUCACGAGACUGUUAUAUCAUGAGUGGAAUAUUUGAAGCCAUAGACAACCAUAUUGUUGCCUUCUUGUCGUUCCCUGCUAUUGUAUGUUGUUUGAUUCUGGUCAAAUUUGUUUGGGAUUACUUUCAGCCUUCUGCACCCUCUAGAUCUAGUCUCCUGUCAUCGAAUGGCGUAGUCAACGGAGGUGCUGCGGAUUAUGAUUGUCCGAUUUGUAUGGACGCUGCAUCUUUUAUGGUUGAAACUAACUGUGGUCAUCGAUUCUGUGCUGAGUGCUUCACAGCACACUGGAAACGAACAAUCUAUUCACGUGUUAUAUCUUGCCCAAUGUGUCGUGGACAAGUGACCACAUUGACGAAGUUGUUCACACCAGAAGAAUUAGAGGAAACAAGUAGCAGUAGCAGACGCUCACGAAUUGAAGCAGAUAUAAGACUGUUCAAUCGUUGGCAUUCUGGAGAGCCUAUAUCUAUUAUUGAUCAGAUCCGAGAUUUGCCUACAUUUCUAUACGGUUUUAUACAAUUAUUAUUCAGCGGGGAAGGUACUUUUGCGCUAAUGCAAAUACGUUUAACGCUAAUGGGUUUAUGUGUUCUGUUUUAUCUGAUUACACCAUUCGAUUUUAUCCCAGAUGUUGUUGCCGGUUUCUUGGGCAUUUUAGAUGAUAUCAUUGUAUUGUGUAUUUUUGCUCUACAUGUUAUUUCUGUUUAUCGGAGUAUCUCUUCAAGACGAGAAAUGAACGCUAGGUAG